CAGAGAAGAUGAUAUUUACAACGUGAAAUUAGAGAAUUAUAAAAAUACGAUGAACAGAGAUAUUAUAUCAAUAGUUUGUACACCUUCUUCCUGUGAAUUAUUGUAUAUAUAAUUCAACAUUCUUAAGCUGGAACCAUAAACAAAGCUUGUUACAGUUCACAAAAUGGCUGCAAAACAAGUAUUCCUUCCAUUUUCUUUGAUAUUGGCUUUAGCAUUUAUCCCUCCACUUCUCUUUUCUGCAGAGGCAGAGGCAGUUCCAUUUGAAAGAUUGAAUUCUUUAAGAGUUGUCAAAAAGGUCAAUAAAAAUGGCCCUUUUCUUGGUCUCAUUACAGUGUAUGCACCAGAAGAUGAAGCUUUCUUUAAAACUGGUGUUUUUAGGCCUGAUCCCAUACACCCUUUUGUGGACUUAUCAGGCAGACGUUUCCGGAUUGGGAAGGUUGAAGGAAAGAAAGUCAUUUAUGUGAAAUGUGGAGUUGGAUUGGUGAAUGCAGCAGCAGCAACACAGCAGAUGUUGGAUCUGUUUGACAUAAAAGGAAUUAUCCAUUUUGGUAUUUCUGGUAAUGCCAACAGUUCUAUGCGUAUUGGAGAUGUCACAAUCCCAUACCAAUUUGCACAAACAGGGCUUUGGGAUUGGCUGAAACCAAAUGCAACUAUGGAACCAAAUGAUUUUGCUCAAUUUAAUUUCAAGAGCUAUAAUGAUCCAAAAGGAGGGGAAAAUCAGUUGGGGAAAGUUGGGUAUAGCACUGAACAGUUUUACUCAGUUUCAGGGGAGGUCAAUGUACCUCAAAGACCAAUUUGGUUUGACAUAACCAAGAAUUGGCUUCAUGUAGCCUCUCAUUUGCAGCAGGGGAUGAAACUGGAGCAGUGUGCAAAUUCAACUUUGUGCCUUCCAUAUAAGCCAAAACUAGUUGUUGGACUCAAGGGAGCUACUUCAAACUUUUUCAUUGACAAUGCAGCUUACACACAAUUCCUUUUCAAAACAUUUGGGGUUACAUCACUUGACAUGGAGAGCUCAGCUGUAGUCAUGACAUGCUUGUCAAGUGGGUACCCAGUUAUCGCAAUCCGUGGACUAUCAGAUUUAGCAGGGACCCAAGAAGGGGACAACACAAUUAGAUUAUUUGGAUCAUUAGCGGCUCUAAACACAGCUAAAGUUGUCAUUAGUUUUAUUAAGUCACUACCAGGAAAAUAUGUUUCUGGCUUCUAGUAUGUUUUUAAUAACUAGAAUAUCAUGAGAGGCGAAUCUAUUGUGUGAGUUGAAUUGAGCUUAUUACUUUUGCUCGAAUCAUGUAACGUAUGAAAUAAAUAUCUAAAUGUAUACGUAUAAUAAGAUCACACUUUCUAAA